UUCGAGCGAGCCGUGACCCUCCGCCAGCUCUCGGCCCACGUUGCUGCGUCGGCUGCGCCUGCGUCCGGGCGGCCGGGGGCGCCCCGGGGACGGCGUCCUCGUCCCGACGUCGGGAGCAGGUGGGGCUCGCUCCCAGCCCCGAGGUGAAGGAAGGGGCCGCCGGUGCCCACCGCUCCUGGCGUUCACACCUGCCUGUCUGCCCGCGGCCGCAGGGUGACCUGCCCGGUGACCCGCAGAACCUGAGGCUCGGGCUGACCUCCCAUGUCCAGCGAUGGAUGAGGACAGCCUGGAUGAGCUGGUGGACCAGAGUCUGGGGCCAGAUGUCCACCCGGGACUCAGCGCUGCCACCCUGGCCAGUGAUGCUGAAGAAAGCAGUGAUGGUGACAGUGGCGGCUCUGAGGACACGGGCAGUGAGCUCAGCGACGGCACCGAUGGAGAGGACGAGGGGGACCUGGAGGAUGGAUCUGGUUCCGAAGGUUCCGAAGACGACGACGACGACGACGUGGAAGUGCUGGUGGCAGCAGAUCCUCAGGGGAAGCUGGAGGCCAGUGGCACGUGUCACUCCGACGACGAAGCGGAGAGCUGCCCCAUUUGUCUCAACACUUUCAGGGACCAGGCUGUGGGGACCCCGGAGAGCUGCGCCCAUUACUUCUGCCUGGACUGUAUCCUGGAGUGGUCCAAGAAUGCCAAUUCCUGUCCAGUCGAUCGAACUCUAUUUAAACGCAUUUGUAUUCGAGCCCAGUUUGGUGGAAAAGUCCUGAAGAAGGUCCCCGUGGAGAACGCCAGGGCCGGAGAGGAGGAGGACGACCCCACCUUCUGUGAGGUGUGUGGCCGCAGCGACCGGGAGGACCGCCUGCUACUCUGCGAUGGCUGUGACGCUGGGUACCACAUGGAGUGUUUGGACCCCCCUCUCCAGGAGGUGCCGGUGGACGAGUGGUUCUGUCCGGGAUGUGCCAGCCCCGGAGCUGCCACCUCUCCUGCAGAUGCGGAUCCCGUGACCGAGGAGGAGGUCUCUCUGCUCUUGGUCGAUGUGGUGCCGACCGCCAGCCGGCUGCGGCCUCGUGAGGGGCGGACCCGGGCCAUCGCCAGGACACGGCAGAGUGAGCGUGUUCGAGCCACUGUGAACCGGAACCGCAUGUCCACUGCCCGGGGCAUCCAGCAUGUCCCGAGGUACCUGGUGUCUUCUCUGCUUGACGAGACCAUCGAAGCCGUUGCCUCUGGUCUGAGCACAGCCGUGUACCAGCGCCCCACCACGCCGCGGGCCCCUGCCAAGCGGAGGAGGAAAGCAAACUUCAGCGCGAACGUGGUGGUUCCCCGCGGAGCCUUGGCGGGGGCACCCUUCGGGGACGCCGUGGGCACACGGGAAGCACAGGCCCACGGUGUCCUUUCUGCAGGAAGACGGAGGAAAGCGCUGGGAAGGAAGAAAACCCAGCCCAGACCGGCCGUGAGGAGCAGGAGCUCGGGGACAAGGUCCAAGAGACGCCAGGGCCGUGGGAAGAAGAGGAAAGGACAAAAGCUGAAGGCUGCUCAGAGUGAAGUCACAGCUCGUGGGCGCAUCGCGCGGACACUGGGCCUCCGGAGGCCAACCCACGGGGCCUGCAUCCCAUCCGUGUUCCGGCCUGCGGACCCCUCCCUGGGGCUGAUGCGUGCGGACAUCGGGGCUGCCUCUCUCUCUGUCUUCGGAGACCCCUAUGAGCUGGACCCUUUCGACAGCAGUGAAGAGCCGUCUGCCAGCCCUGCUUCCCCUCUGAGUGCCAAGAGGAGGGUCCUCUCCCGCUCAGCCCUGCGUUCUCACCAGCCCGUGGCCAGGCCCGUCUCCAUGGGGCUCUCCAGGAGGAGCGUUCCUGCCGCGGCGCCCGAGCCGGACGUGGACGUGGCCCCUGUCCCCGACCUGCUGGGCAGCAUCCUGUCAGGCCAGAGCCUCCUCAUGAUGGACAGCUCCGACAUCACCAUCCACCGCGACGGCUCGCUCAGCGCCAAGCGGGCAGCACCUGUUUCUUUUCAGCGACACUCAGUCGGUCUGUCCCGAGGGGGAGACGGCCCACGGCCCCCAGCACCAAGCUCUGGGCUCCUGGGAGGCCUGGGGUCGUGCAGUCCAGGCAGGCCCACCCCCUCCCACGCCCCUGCGCUCAUGUCUGGGGCUGCGGCGAGACUGGACUCUUCAGUGACCCCUCGGUCAGGUCAGGCCCAGAGCCCGUCAAACGUGAACAGUCCUGGCUUCAAACGACGGGAGGACCCACAAGUUAGAAGCCUCAGUGAGCACGCUGGGCCUCUUGGAUUCACAUCUAAGAUCUCAAACGGCGGCCCUGACGUGCCAGCCGCCAGUGCAGUGCCAGGCCAGGCCCCGGGGCCAGCACCGCGGAGAGCGGACAUCUCCCAGCUCCCCAGGAUACCAAAGAUGAGAAGGGACAGCGGCAGUGGGUGGGCGGACACAGCCCCCGCCCCCGCCCCCACCGGUGGGCAGCGAGUGGAGAUCCCUAGCUCCUGCAUCAGCCGGCUGACAGGCAGGGAGGGCCCGGGGCAGCCUGGCCUCGGGGCCCGGGUGGAGGGCUCGCCACACGGCAGGGGCCCCCAGGAGCCCAGCGUGCACUCAAGGGGCGGCGGUGCUCAGUCCCCUGCCCCGCUGGGACCCUCAAGGGGGAAGGGCGGCAGCUCAACCUUUGAGAGCUUCCGGAUCAAUAUUCCCGGGAACACGGCGCAUUCCAGCAGACUCUCCAGCCCCGGCUUCUGCCACACGUUCCAGCCUGUCGACAACAAGGCGCAGAGGAAGGAGAACCCCGCCCCCCUUUUCUCCCUCAGGAAGACGAAGCAGCUCAAGAGCGAGAUCUAUGACCCGUUCAACCCCACGGGCUCGGACUCCAGCUCUGCAGGCAGCAGCCCCGAGCGCUUGGGCCCCGGCCUCCUGCCCUCGGAGAUCACCCGCACCAUCUCCAUCGGCAGCCCCAAGGCCCCGCCCUCGCAGACCGUGCGGUGUGUCACCUCCUACACCGUGAAAACCGUCUUUGGGGCGGAGCCCGAGCCGUCGCGGGGGCCGCCCUCCAGCCUGCUCCAGCUCCGGGGCGAGGAGCCCGCGGGGCGCCCGGACUCAGCCCCCCGGGUGCGAAGGCCAUCCCCACUGGAGCCCUGGGAGGAUGAGGAUCGGCCGCCCCGCACCACCUUCUUCGGCUCUGAGGAACGGACGGUGACCUGCGUGACGGUGGUGGAGCCGGACGCCCUGCCGACCACCACCCACAGGAUCGUGGAGCUGCGGUCUCCGUCCCGCUCCCGCUCCCGCUCCCCGUCCAGCUCCCGCGGCAGAGAGACCGACCAGAGGAAGCAGGCCUCCGCCCCGGGGCACAGGCAGACCCGCUCCCGCACCCGCUCCGGCUCCCGCUCCGGGGACAGGAGCUCCAGGUCCUUGUCACCUCUGGUGGGUGAGGACCAGGCCAAGAGGCCCCUGGCCAAGGCCAGGGCUCGGAGGUCUUCCAGUGACCGCUCCAGCAGCCACGAGCGGGCCAAGCGGAAGAAGGCCAAGGAUAAGAGCAGGGAGAGGAAGAGGGACUCGGGCCGAGGCCGGCGGAGGUCCCGCUCCCGCUCCGGCAGCCCUGGGAGCUCCUCCCACGAGCACCGCGAGAGCAGGAGGAAGAAGAAGAGACGGUCCAGGUCUCAGGGGAGGGGGUGCUCUCCCCCCAGCAGCCUGGAGAGGGCCCGGAGGCCCCGCCGUCCCCGGGAGAGGAGCCGCGAGUGGCCCCGAGACCGGCGGGGCUCCCGUGAGAGGCGGCGGCACAGGUCCAGGUCCCCCAGCCCGGAGCACAGGCCCCGAGAUCACCGGAGGCCUCGUUCUCGUGAGAAGCGGCCUCGGCCGCGCUCCCGCUCCCGCUCCCCGGAGAGGAAGUUUCCCGUGAAGGAGGCUUCCCCAGCACCCCCUCCCCAGGAGGAGCCGAGGCCGGACAGGGAGAACCCGGUGGGGCUGCAGGCCUCAGCAGGAGCUGAAGCCUGGCCAGAAGGGGCUGAGGCCAACCAGGCCCCCCCGAAGGCUCCCCCUGCCCCGGAGGUGCCGGCUGAGUGUGCCCCCGAGGACCUGGACUACGUGGACUCGGUCGAGGCGGGGCACGUCUUUGACGACUUUUCCAGUGAAGGCAUCUUCACGCAGCUCGACGACAUGAGCUCCCCGCCCUCCCCGGAGAGCACAGACUCCUCCUCGCCUGAGCGCGGGGUCCCACCCCCCGCCGCUGCACCCCCGGCCGGCCAGCAGCAGGACAACAGCCUGGCUGCCAUCAGAAGGGAGGUGUCGCUGAUCCACAGUGAGGACACCGAGCAGCCCCCACCCUGGACAAAGGGUCCCCAGGAGAAGGCCUCGUUCCAGCAGGACCAGGCCAAGGCUGCGGUGCCGGGUGCCCUGGGAGGCCCGGCCGGGGGCGGGACGCUGCUGGGCAAGGAGGAAGGCCUCUGCCUGACCUCCGUGCUUCGGGCGAAGGCCCCGGUGAAGAGGGUCACCUGGAACCUGCAGGAGGCGGCAGGUGGCGCUCUGGCUGAGGACCGAGGCCUGCGGACCCCACUGCACAGGCCCCAGCAGCCACAGGAAGAGGCGUGGGAACCCGGAGACGGAGGCCUUGUGGUGGACUUCCAGCAGGCACCCUGCCCCGAGCCCCCUCCUGCUUACACGCUUCCAGAGCCUGGCUUUCCCACUGCAGACCCCGCCCAGGUUUAUGGCCCCAGCCUGCCUCCCGCCCUGGCUCUGCCCUCAAGUGUCCCGCCCUACGCACCGGUCAGCCAGCCCACGGUGCAGUUCAUCCUGCAGGGGAGCCUCCCCCUCGCGGCCUGCGGGGCGGCACCCAGCCUGGCCCCAGUGCCGACCGUCCUGACCACAGCCUCCGAGCCAGCUGGCCACGCUGCCGCCACCAACAAUUCCGAGGAGAGGAUGGCCACUCCCCGGCCAGCCACAGAGAAAGCCAAGAACGAGGAGUAUCUGAAGAAGCUGCACGUGCAGGAGCGGGCGGUGGAGGAGGUAAAGCUGGCCAUCAAGCCCUUCUACCAGAAGCGCGAGGUGACGAAGGAGGAGUACAAGGACAUCCUCCGCAAGGCCGUGCAGAAGAUCUGCCACAGCAGGAGCGGAGAGAUCAACCCUGUGAAGGUGGGCAACCUGGUGAAGGCCUACGUGGACAAGUACAGGCACAUGCGCAGGCACCGCAGGCCCGAGGCCGGAGAGGAGCCCGCUGCCGAGGGCUGAGGCUCGCCUGGCCCCGUGUGCUUUUGCGAGUGACGGCGGCAGAAAGCCCUGGGGACCCCAGCACUGUGUCCAGGUUCCUGAGACCACGUGUGGUCCGUGCCCGCCCUGCGCCGUUUAAACUGGACGUUACGUGUACAUUGUAG